CUUCCACUCGCAAGCAAUUGAAGAACAAAACCCGCCUUCUCUUUCGUCUCCUUCUUUCUCUCUCUCUCUCUGAUGUUGUAACGAAAAUGGAGGAUCUUCCACAACACCUGAUCCUCGACAUCCUGCGACGCCUCACCGACUCGGCCGACGUCGCUCGCUGCCGGGUCGUGUCCAAGACCCUGAACUCCGUCUCCCACGGCAUCGAGUCCAUCACCCUCCUCUGCUCCCUCUCCCGCUACCUCAAGUCCCGGUCGCCCGACACCAAGUCCCUCGUCCCCCCCUUCAAGUCCCUCGUCGCGAGCUCCAUCCUCAGCUGGAGGAGCGUCGAUUCCAUCUCGAUCGGGAUCGACAAGUCGCUCGCCACCUCCUGCGAGGACAUGGAGGAGGACGAGUCAGAGGACGACAUGUACCUGAUGGACGUGGGCUUCGUCGAGGAGUGGUUGCCCAGGGUCUGCGACGGGUUGAAGGCGCUGUCCAUCUCGGACUUCUGGGUCCAGUCUUGCUGGAGGAGAUCGGACGUUUUGGCUCUCGUUUCGUCUUGCUGUGAUAGUCUUCGUGAGCUGGAGCUGAAGAAUGCUUGGCUGUCGGUGGAUGGCUUGACUCCACUUCCCACACUCACGAGUUUGACAUUCGAAUUUAUAAGACUCGAUGAUGAGGACCUGAGCAAGAUAUGUACUUGCUUUCCUCUUCUGCAAGUUCUCAACUUACGCGGCGUUGGUGGACUUAAAGAACCGAAGAUUCGUCUUCCAGAUCUCAGGUCCUGCCAAUGGACUGUGUCAAAUGUUCCACUUUCCCUGGCCAUUUAUGCUCCCAGGCUCGUCAAACUGAGGCUCAAGUGCAUCAAACCCAGAUCUCUCAUCCUUGAAACUCCGGCAUUAACCGAUUUUAACCUCUCCAUUGUGCAAGCAGAUGAUCUCCAAGUAAAGGACCUUAUUAGUUUGAAAAACCUUAAGCUUGACUCCCCAUUUCUUUACAAUCUGAUUACUGCCUUCCCAUCUGGGGGAACUGUGGAGAAGCUUACUUUGAAUACAGAAUUCAGUAGGCAUGUCGGGGAAAUGAUAAACGUUGAGUUGUUGUUUAAGACAUUUCCUAAUGCGAGCUCUCUCACACUUGGUCCUGGCGCUUGGUCAAGAUUGUGGCCAUCCCCAGGAGGCAGGGAGGGCAGUGUCGAAACGAAGAGCCUGAAAGGAAUUGUGGCGUGCAUCGUGGUCUCUCAUAUGGAUGUUGCGCAAUCAUUUAUAGCCUCUAUACUGGAUAAGUGCACCAACUUGUCAGACUUCACGAUUCUCGUGCACCACCAGCAUGCUGACUCCAACUUGCUGAGCAACUUGACAAAAAGGUGCACUGCUGAUUGGCCAAGACUGAAAUGGAAAUUUGGAGUCUUUAAGGAAGCUACUGAAGGGUACGAAUUUACGGGGGGCUGGGAUAUAGUGUGGCAAAGACAAGCUAUUAAAGGAGCAAGAUAAGACGGGCGUGCUUCUCUUGCUGGAUAAUUUUUUUGCUUGGCCUUCGCAGGGAAGGGUUUGCCUCAAUAUGAAGGAAAUGAUCCUGAUCCUGAGCCCAGACCCGGCAUGAUUUAACAGGUCUUCCCUGAUUAAGAUUAGCACUGGCACAUGGACAGGACUGAGGAGAGAAGCUUGUUUGUGAAAAACUGAGGGCUAGAUGUAUUAUGGCGAUGGAGAUGGUACUACCUGCUUGUGCACGCACUCACAUCUAUCAGUUGCAGGUGAUGCUGCCAGUAGCAUCAGUUGUCCAGCAAUAUUAGUUCUGCAUCAUUCGUGAGGAAAAACAUUCAUCGAGAAGAGAAGGAAAAAUUAAGGAUGGGAAAGUGAUACGGGAACUGGAUGAUUUGGAUUGUCUGCAAUUUACGCAUGCUUGUUUGUUAUCAAUGUGUCUCUACUGCUGGAAUGCUUACUAAGUGAAAAGCUCGUAUACUUUGUAACGUCAUAAUGCAUCAUUGGCAAUUCACUA